AUGUGGGAGGAAGAGCCUCAUCAGCACCAUCAGCACCAUCAUCACCACCACCACGAAGACGUAUAUAUCGUGUCUGACGAUUCUUCGUAUGUACUCUUGCGCCCGCCGGCUGAGCGCCGGCACUUCGGACCGCUGUUCCAGGACGAGGACGAGAACGGGGACGACAGGCGGCUGCACUUCCAAUACUCGCAGUGCACUGGGAGGAGGAAGGCGCUUUGCAUCGGUAUCAACUAUAUCGGUCAAUCCGAGGAGCUCAAGGGAUGCAUCAACGAUGCACACAACGUGCGCCGGUUCCUGUGUGAGGACUAUGGAUACCAAUAUGAAGACAUUGUGGUGCUAACGGACGACUCGUCGAACCCCCGCUCGAUUCCGACGAAGGAGAACAUGAUCGAAGCAAUGAAGUGGCUCGUCAGUAAUGCCCAGCCGCAUGACGCACUGUUCUUCUAUUACUCGGGUCACGGUGAGCAGACGAAGGAUAUGAACGGAGAUGAGCAGGAUGGGUAUAAUGACGUGAUCUACCCUGUUGAUUUCCAAGAGAAUGGCCCUCUCGUGGACAAUAUGCUGCAUGAUAUCCUUGUGAAGCCAUUACCUCCUGGCUGUAGGCUUACCACAAUAUUCGACUCUUGCCAUUCCGGUACUGCUCUCGAUCUACCGUACAUCUACAACCACUAUGGCAAGAUAAAGGAACCCGGUUUCAUUAAGAAAGCGUCGCAAGGCCUACUCACCGCAUUCGCUGGUUGCGGCUUCGCUCGUGCAUUCUCCUCGGCAAUUGAGUUCAUGGAGCGUCGCUUGCGGCAGACGAAGACGAGCCCGGCAGACGUGAUAUCAUGGAGCGGAUGCAAGGACUCGCAGACGAGCGCGGACAUGUUCGAGGCAGACCAGGCGACGGGCGCGAUGAGCUACGCGUUCAUGACCUCGCUGAGGCAGAACAGGCACCAGAGCUACCAGCAGCUCCUCGUCAACCUUCGCGGCAUGCUGCCACAGCAUUACAACCAGACCCCACAGCUGUCUAGCUCGCAUCCGAUGGACACUCGCUUGUUGUUCAUCUGUUGA